CCAGGGCUGCACCCAGACAUGCACUCAGGCAAUACGUGCACAGCUCCUGCAUGAGGAAGCAGGAAGAGUUUGUCCUUAAAUUGUUCAAUAAACAAAGACACAGAAACGGGAGUCAAGCAGCGGAGAAGGAGCCGAGCGGAGCGAACCAGCUGCGAUACUUGGAAGUAGAAACGAGGUGACCCCUUGCCCAUCGUCCCAAGAUGUCGACCAACAGUAGCAUUCAGCAGCAGUUUCAGGAUCAGUGGAACGAUGUGCUCGGGAAAAUCGCCUCCAAGCAGGUGUUUCAGUCCGACUGGGAUAUCGCUGCCUUUGUCAUUUUCUUUACAUUUAUCGGGCUGAUUCUCCUCCUCAUCCUCCUCGUCCUCAUCAGAUGUUUCUGCUGCUGCUGUUGUGACUGUGACUCGACUGGGAAUAAGAAACAUUACAAACAAAAGAUUGGCGUGGACAACCGUGGUAUGGAGCUAUAACGCACUCUGCGUUAGUGACUGACAGCGCAUGGAGCCAAUGAAAACAGAGACAUUGUAUUCCUCUCUCCUGCUGAUAUGAAGCCACACCCCCUAGGGAAAUGUUAAAUAGUUCGUAAUAGCAGAAUUAAUUCAUAAUUAAAGUCAGUAUAGGGAAACUAACAAAUAAAAAGCAAAUGGAACUUAAA